AUGCGCAACAUCAGUCUACUCUUCCACGACCGCAGCAGCAACAGCCUUACAUCCAGCCUCACCAAUCCCCAACACUUCAGCAAUCACGACAACUGCAAUCUCCACGACAGCCACAACAGUCUUAUCCUCAGGCGCAUCAAUCCCCAAUCCUCCAACAGCCUCGGCAAGUACAAUCUCCACGACAGCAGCAGCCUUAUAUCCAGCCACAUCAAUCUCCUGUCCUCCAACGGCCUCAACAAAUUCAAUCUCCUCGCCCGAGGCCAUCGGAGCCCCCGGUUCAAUUACCCCAGCGGCAGCAGAAAACCCCGUGUAGAGCAACACCAAGUGCAGCAGACAGCACAACAGCCGCAGGCGCAGCAGAAACAGGUGCAGCAAUCUCAUGUGCAGAAACCUCGAUCUUUGCCACCCAGUGAACCUGAGCACCAGUUCGUCAAUCCAGCCAAUUUAUUUGUCGAGCCACCUCUCCCUACUGCCCCUCGGUCUUGGUAUUCAUCAUCGAAAUUCGUUGAUCCAAGCGCCCUCACGACUUCCACGCCCAACGAUUCAACUUCGAUUCCUCUACCCCCAACUUCUUUGCCAUCUCUAUCCCAGGCGCCACUAGCUCAAAAUGCACCAGUUGCUAAGAGCGUCCCGCCAGCAAGUCCCCGGAAUGAUCUGAAACCCCUCCAAGGGCAGUCCAGCUUCCAAGUUCAAUCACAGCCGGUCAAGGUUGAGCCACGACCCCCACCCCCGCCUUCUCCCAAAGUAAAGGUUGAGAAAGUGAAGGCUGAAAAGCGUCUAUCUGCUCAAAAGCUACCACCCGCUCCAAAGCCGCCAUCAAUGCCAAAGGUGUCGGCUCCAUCCGAACAAACUUCUCUAAAACCUACCCCCUCGCCUGCCGUGCCUGAGGUCCCGCAAGUAAUGAUUCCAGCAAUUUCCCCAGACUUCCAAGCGAACACACAAACGCAGCAGUCCCAAAAGGCUCUGCAACAGAAAAAACAGCUCUCUCAGAAAGUCGCGGAUAAAGCAAUGAAGUCUUCCAAACCCCCAGUUGACUAUCAGGUCCUGUUGUUGUCGCUGGCUGAUGAAUAUCUUAAUGCCGCUCAUGAGCAUGGGACACAAACCGCGCUGUUAUCUAACCCAGCGGAUGUUGAGGAGUAUUACAAGCUGGUCUCUACCGGGCUUGGGUGUUUAGAAGCUGUGUUGAAGAACUGGAGAUUGGCACCUCGCAAAGAAGCUCUUGUACGGCUUCGCUAUGCGCGUACGUUGUUUGAGGAAACAGAAAAUGAUAUUGAGGCGGAGACUGCUCUGAGUAAAGGCAUUGAUCUUUGUGAGCGGAACCGCAUGCUGGACUUGAAGUACAGUAUGCAGCAUCUUUUGGCUCGCAUGCUUCACAAGACCAACCCUAAAGCUUCCCUCAAAGCUGUCGAUGGCAUGAUUCAAGAUGUCGAGGCAUACCGACAUGCGGCCUGGGAGUAUGCAUUCCGAUUCCUUCGGGUUUCGUUGUCACUGUCCUCCCCAUCCCACCAAGACUCUGUUCAGGCUCUCCAACACCUGAAUAAGAUUGCAACCAUGGCCGGCCGCAAUGGGGACAAGGCUGUCUCGGCGAUGGCAGCUGUUAUCGAAGCUCUGGCCCAUCUGCAACAAGGGGCAAGCUCUGAUUCUAUUGAGCAGGCACAACGUGCGGUGGCCGUAGCACGGAGCCAUCAGCUGAAUGACGAGCUCCGUCAUAUUCCUCAACUCGUCACAUUGAUCCAGAUGGUCGAUAUUUGUUGCAGCAUUCUUGAAUAUGACGUCAAUCAGUCCUCUCAAAAACUGAAAAUUAUGCAAUCCUUGGUGGAUGAGACACUGAAUAAUUCCAACUGGCGCACUGAUGGAUCAUUCUCUGUUCCAUUAAAUGGCAAGUCUGCUGGGCCAUCUUCUAUUGAUACAGGCGACAUUCUCCAGGUUGAGAGUGGGACCCUACUUUUGAGCUUCAAUUGGCUUCCUCAACAUGAUCUCUACGCAUUGUCUUAUUUCCUCAGUUCAAUCACCUUGAGUGCGAAAAAUUCUUAUGAUGGCCGCAAGGCGGAAAAAUAUCUCGAUGAAGGGCUUCGAAUGAUUCAAGCAUCUUUCACCACUCCGCAAGAAAUCCCAGAGUCGAUGGUGAAUGCAGCACGACGUGUCGAAUGGCGCCGAUCUCUUUACUGCAAUUUUCUCUUACAACGUGUAUUCCUAGCCUGCUCCCGAACCGACUGGGACAUGGCUAGUCAGUCCCUCAAAGACCUACGACAGGUAGUUCAAGAGAUCGGGCCCAAUAUCCCCCAGCCUAUAGAGUGUUUGAUGGAAUACGCUGCUGGCACUAUUGCUCAGGCCACCGGAGAUCUCGCUGAUGCCUUACGCAUCUUCCAAUCGCCCCUCCUGUCACUCUCGUCUUCGGCUAGCAAGACCACACGCAAUGACCCUUGCCGCGAUACACGUAUUCUGGCCGCACUCAACACCGUUCUUCUCAUUCGCGACCCUGCGCACCCGUCACACUCACAUCUUUCCACUGUGAUGACUACCCUUGAAUCAUUCUGUACCAGUAGUCCGAACAAGUACAUUCAAGCGGCCUAUUUUCUAGUCUGCGCCACUGUUCAAACAGAGUCGACCAUCCAGACUAAGCAAUACCUCCAGCAGGCACUGCAGUCUGCAACGGCUAUCAGCAACAGUCAAAUCACCUGCAUGACUCUGACUUUCAUGAGCUGGAAGUACUUCCGCGGCGUGGUUGGCGAACAAGCUGAGAAGAGUGCACGUGCUGGUCGCGCCAUGGCCAAGAGGGCAAAUGACCGCCUGUGGGCCAGUGUCACUGAUGAGAUGUUGGCCGAUACUCUUGAGCGGCAGGGCAAAAGUGAUGAAGCUCGUGGUGUACGUGAAGAAGGUCAGCGACUUAUCAUGAGUCUACCACCGGGCUUGAAACGACCCGCUUGA